CUCUCUUCUUUUUCUUCUCAUCCCCGGUGUUCCUUCUUGACACUUCUCCAUCUCCUCUCUUUUUUUUGUUGUCGCAUUUAUCUCUUGCACAACCUUCAUCAUGUCUAAGGGUGAUGUUAACCAGGGCGACAAGUCCGUCUUCGGCAUGCCCGGCUUCGUCGUCGACUUCCUGAUGGGUGGUGUUUCCGCCGCUGUCUCCAAGACCGCUGCUGCCCCCAUUGAGCGUAUCAAGCUCCUGAUCCAGAACCAGGAUGAGAUGCUCAAGGCCGGUCGUCUCGACCGCAAGUACAACGGCAUCGGUGACUGCUUCAAGCGUACCGCCGCCGCUGAGGGUGUCGUCUCCCUGUGGCGUGGUAACACCGCCAACGUCAUCCGUUACUUCCCUACCCAGGCUCUUAACUUCGCUUUCCGUGACACCUACAAGUCCAUGUUCGCCUACAAGAAGGAGCGUGAUGGAUACGCCAAGUGGAUGAUGGGUAACCUGGCCUCCGGUGGUGCUGCCGGUGCCACUUCCCUCCUCUUCGUCUACUCCCUGGACUACGCCCGUACCCGUCUGGCCAACGACGCCAAGUCCGCCAAGGGUACCGGUGAGCGCCAGUUCAACGGUCUCGUUGACGUCUACCGCAAGACCAUCGCCUCCGACGGUAUUGCCGGUCUCUACCGUGGUUUCGGUCCCUCCGUCUUCGGUAUUGUUGUCUACCGUGGUCUGUACUUCGGCAUGUACGACUCCCUUAAGCCCGUUCUCCUCACUGGUGCCCUUGAGGGUAACUUCCUUGCUUCCUUCCUGCUCGGCUGGACCGUCACCACCGCUGCCGGUGUCGCCUCCUACCCUCUGGACACCAUCCGUCGCCGCAUGAUGAUGACCUCUGGUGAGGCCGUCAAGUACAAGUCCUCCAUGGAUGCUGCCCGCCAGAUUGUCGCCGCCGAGGGUGUCAAGUCCCUGUUCAAGGGUGCUGGUGCCAACAUCCUCCGUGGUGUCGCCGGUGCUGGUGUCCUGUCCAUCUACGACCAGGUCCAGCUCAUCCUCUUCGGCAAGAAGUUCAAAUAGAUGAUUCGCUCUUAGGCGAUCAUCUGCCACCUGUAGUUAUACUGGAGUCGGGGAUGGUUCCCUGCCUGGUGUAACCGCUAGGCGAUGGGAAGCAGAGGUUGUGGGACCUGCAAAAGAUAGAUGCGUCAAGAAAUGGGUUCGGGGGGAUCUUGAAGCAUAGAAUGGUGUGAUUCUUCCCUUUUUGUACCCGAUGUACUUUACUGCCUGCAAACUCUUUUUCUUUUCUUCGAAUAUUGUAUUUUCUUCAACGUAUCA